GUCCCUGCGGCUGGCGGCCGAGCCGUGUGUCUCCUCCUCCGCCGCCGCCAUAUUGUCUGUGUGAGGAGAGGGGAGAGCGGCCGCCGCCGCUGCCGCUUCCACCACAGUUCAAAUCUUGCAAGUGGAAUUAUUGUCCCUUAUUUUCUUUCUUUAGAGAUACUUACUGGAUGUAGAAUUUUAAUGUGGCAGGAUUUUUUCCUUCAGCACACUUUUGAAGAAAACAGGUCUGAAGGUCUUGCCCCCAGCUGCCUCUCAACACAGUGACUGCCAGCUCUCUAAACAUCAAGUCCAGCUUUGUCCGCCAACCUGUCUGACAUGUCGGGACCCGUGCCAAGCAGGGCCAGAGUUUACACAGAUGUUAAUACACACAGACCCCGAGAGUACUGGGAUUACGAGUCACAUGUGGUGGAAUGGGGAAAUCAAGAUGACUACCAGCUUGUUAGAAAAUUAGGCCGGGGUAAAUACAGUGAAGUAUUUGAAGCCAUCAACAUCACAAAUAAUGAAAAAGUUGUUGUUAAAAUUCUCAAGCCAGUAAAGAAGAAGAAAAUCAAGCGUGAAAUAAAGAUUUUGGAAAAUUUGCGAGGUGGUCCCAACAUCAUCACCCUGGCAGACAUUGUAAAAGACCCUGUGUCACGAACUCCUGCCUUGGUUUUUGAACACGUAAACAACACAGACUUCAAGCAAUUGUACCAGACGUUAACAGACUAUGAUAUUCGAUUUUACAUGUAUGAGAUUCUGAAGGCCCUGGAUUAUUGUCACAGCAUGGGGAUUAUGCACAGAGAUGUAAAGCCCCAUAAUGUCAUGAUUGAUCAUGAGCACAGAAAGCUACGGCUAAUAGACUGGGGUUUGGCUGAGUUUUACCAUCCUGGCCAAGAAUAUAAUGUCCGAGUUGCUUCCCGAUAUUUCAAAGGUCCUGAGCUACUUGUAGACUAUCAGAUGUACGAUUAUAGUUUGGAUAUGUGGAGCUUGGGUUGUAUGCUGGCGAGUAUGAUCUUCCGGAAGGAGCCAUUUUUCCAUGGACAUGACAAUUAUGAUCAGUUGGUGAGGAUAGCCAAGGUUCUGGGGACAGAAGAUUUAUAUGACUAUAUUGACAAAUACAACAUUGAAUUAGAUCCACGUUUCAACGAUAUCUUGGGCAGACAUUCCCGUAAGCGAUGGGAACGCUUUGUCCACAGUGAAAACCAGCACCUUGUCAGCCCUGAGGCCUUGGAUUUCCUGGACAAGCUGCUGCGGUACGACCACCAGUCACGGCUCACUGCAAGAGAGGCCAUGGAGCACCCCUAUUUCUACACUGUUGUGAAGGACCAGGCUCGAAUGGGCUCAUCUAGCAUGCCAGGGGGCAGUACGCCUGUCAGCAGCGCCAAUAUGAUGUCAGGGAUUUCUUCAGUGCCAACCCCUUCACCCCUUGGACCUCUGGCAGGCUCACCAGUGAUUGCUGCUGCCAACCCCCUUGGGAUGCCUGUUCCAGCUGCCGCUGGCGCUCAGCAGUAAUGGCCCCUUCUGUCUCCUGAUGCCUGAGCAGAGGUUGGGGAGUCCAGUCUCUCCCUUGAUGCAGCUUGCGCCUGGCGGGGAGGGGUGACAUACUUCAGAAGCACCGUGUCUGAACCGUUGCUUGUGGAUUUAUAGUAGUUCAGUCAUAAAAAAAAAAUUAUAAUAGGCUGAUACUCUUUUUUUUUUUCUUUUUUUCUUUCUUUCUUUCUUUCUUUUUUUUUUAACUUGAACUUUUCAUAACUCAGGGGAUUCCCUGAAAAAUUAUCUGCAGGUGGAAUAUUUCACGGACAAAUUUUUUUCUCCCCUUCCACAUUCAGUUCCUCAUCUCUAAAGAACAAAGAUAAACCAGCCUCAAUUCCGGCUGCUGCGUUUGGGUGGAGAUUUCUUCUCAUGCCCACCACUGCUCCCCUACCAUCCCACAUUUUGGGGGGUUUGUAUCUCAUGCUCUUCUCCAGAGAUUACAAAAAUGUAGCUUCUUCAAGGGAGGUGGGAAGGAAGGAGGAAGGGAGGACCCAACCUGUAAGAGCAGUAUACUGCUAGUCACUUAUAUCACUUUACUCCAAAAGUGCUUCAGUGAGGUUAUCCUGGUGAAUCUAGUGGAAAUAUGUCUUAGUUACACUGAGAUGCUGAAAAUCUACCCAAAGUGUAGACAGGUCCUGAAAACUUCUGUUCAGUAUGAAUCAUGUCUUAUUGACCUAACCUAAAUCCAACUCACUUAUAAUUUAGUUUCAGUUUAGUUUAAAACUUCACUACUGUCCCUCCCGGGCUCCUUACCUUGGUCCUCUCCCCUUUCAUCUCCCAACAUGCUCUGUAGCUGGUAGGAGGAGGAAGGCAAAAUUCAGUUUUCUUUGACUUGGCCCUUUUGAAUUCAGUAGUUACUGGGCGUAACUUAUUGCUUUUUACAAAAGGAAAAAAAAACAGUCUAUGUUGGUUUCAUGCUAGCAUCUCUUUAAGAGCUGAUGAGAGAUGUGGCUACUGCAUUUCAUUUUAAGCUUUCUACCUUCUUUUCCUCCUACCUUCCCCUUCCCUCACAUGCCAUCCAGUGAGAAGACCUGCCCCCUAAAUGUAUCUGAGAGGUAGGAGCAGAGCCACUAUCUCCAGUGAAACUGAAAUGGUAGACCUGUAAUUGUGGGAAAACGAAACUCUUGUUACAGCCCUGCCACCCCUUGCUGUGUGUAUAUAUAUAAUACUUUGUCCUUCAUGUGUGAAAGAUCCCGUGUUGAAAUUCUUUGGUGUAAAUAAACGUUUGGUUUUAUUUAUCAA